AUGGAUUUUGAGUCAUCGCUGAUUGGAUUUUUAAUCACAAUUUGUCAUCUGGCAUUGAGAGUCAGAGGCGAAGAUGUGCCGGAGUGCGGCGGCGUCUUCGAUGCCACUGAGGCCGGUUACAUCACCUCCCCCGGUUAUCCACUGGAGUACCCGCCUCACCAGAACUGCCACUGGAUCAUCACGGCGCCGGAAGCGUCGCAGCGCAUCGUCCUCAACUUCAACCCACACUUUGAGAUAGAGAGGCUGGACUGCAAGUAUGACUUCAUCGAGAUCCGCGACGGCACUUCGGAGAACGCCGAUGUUCUGGGUCGUCACUGCAGCAACAUCGCCCCGGCGCCAAUCAUCUCAUCGGGAUCCUCCCUCCAGAUCCGGUUCGUCUCGGACUACGCUCACCAAGGGGCGGGCUUCUCGCUGCGCUACGAGAUCUUCAAAACGGGGUCGGAAUUCUGCUUCCGCAACUUCACCAGCUCCUCCGGCAUGAUCGAGUCGCCGGGCUUCCCGGAUAAGUACCCCCAUAAUCUGGAGUGCUCCUACAUGAUCAUCGCCCCGCCCCACAUGGACGUCACCCUCACGUUCCUGACCUUUGACCUCGAGAACGACCCCUUGCUGGUGGGGGAGGGCGACUGCAAGUACGACUGGCUGGACGUGUGGGACGGCCUGCCGCAAGUGUCUCCUCUGAUUGGCCGGUACUGCGGGACAAAGAUCCCUCCAGAGAUCCAGUCGUCCUCCGGCCUGCUGUCCCUCUCCUUCCACACCGACAUGGCCGUGGCCAAAGACGGCUUCUCCGCCCGCUACAACAUGACCCACAAAGAAGUCAGCGACUCGUUCCACUGCAGCAUGGCGCUCGGCAUGGAGUCGGGGAAGAUCAGCGACGAUCAGAUCGCCGCCUCGACGAACUUCUACGACAACCGCUGGUUGCCGCGGCAGGCGCGCCUCAACAACGACGACAACGCCUGGACGCCGUCGGAGGACAGCAACAAGGAGUAUAUACAGGUUGACCUCCACUUCCUGAAGGUUUUGACGGGAAUCGCCACACAGGGGGCCGUUUCCAAGGAGACGCAGAAGUCCUACUACGUCACGACCUUCAAACUGGAGGUCAGCACCAACGGGGAGGACUGGAUGGUCUACCGGCACGGCAAGAACCACAAGAUUUUCCACGCCAACACAGACCCAGCCGAGGUGGUUCUGAACCGCGUCCCGCAGCCAGUUCUGGCCCGCUUUGUCCGCAUCCGACCGCAGACUUGGAGGAACGGCAUCGCCCUGCGCUUCGAGCUCUACGGAUGCCAGAUUACAGAUGCUCCGUGUUCAGACCUGCAGGGCCUGCUGUCCGGCCUGCUCCCCGACACCCAGAUCUCCGCCUCCUCCAGCAGGGACAUGGUGUGGAACCCCGGGACCGCCCGCCUGGUGGCCAGUCGCUCCGGCUGGUUCCCGGCCCCCGCACAGCCCCUGGCUGGAGAGGAGUGGCUUCAGGUGGACCUCGGCGUGCCAAAGACGGUGCGCGGCGUGAUCACCCAGGGAGCGAGGGGAGGAGACGCAGGAAGCGGGGCGACCACAGAUAACCGGGCGUUUGUCCGGAAGUACAAAGUGGCACACAGCCUGAAUGGGAAAGAGUGGAACUUCAUCAUGGACAGCAAGACCAGCCUGCCGAAGAUUUUCGAGGGGAACACGCACUACGAUACCCCAGAGCUGCGCCAUUUUGAGGAGAUAGUGUCCCAGUACAUCAGGCUAUAUCCAGAGAGGUGGUCUCCAGCAGGAAUCGGGAUGAGAGUGGAGAUACUUGGCUGUGACCUUCCAGAAACCACCACGCCGGCCGACACCGCCACGCCAACUCUGCCGGCUGACAUCGAUACCUCCACUGUCCCCUUUACGACCACAGCAGACACCGCUUCAUCCGACAGUGUGUGUGACUUUGACCACGGCCUGUGUGGGUGGACGCACGACCCCAACACCCCGUUGCUCUGGUCCCUGCACAGCCACGAGCUCAACAGCUAUCUGUACAUGGACGCCAGCUUGAAGACGGAGCAGCAGCAAGCCCGGUUAGUGAGCCCCGUGGUGACGGCCGACAGCGGGCCCCUCUGCCUCCUCUUCUCCUACCAGCUGUGGGGGGAGGCCCAGGGCCACCUGAAGGUCCUGCUGCGGGACGCCCACAACGAGGAGACCAUCCUGUGGACGCUGAAAGACGAUCAGGGCCCCGUCUGGAGGGAGGGUCGCACCAUCCUGCCUCGCUCCCCGAAAGACUUCCAGGUUGUGAUGGAGGGUUUCUUUGUGCACGGCACCAGAGGACACAUCUGGAUCGACAACAUCCACAUCAGCUCGAGCACCCUUCUGAAAGAGUGUACACAACCCUUUGCAGCUUUUUCUCCAGAAAAUCCAGUUAAGAGACCAAAUGAAUUUGGAGAUGGACGUCUUUUCAGCGGCAGAGACUCACUAGGAGGAGUUUUACAGUUCCCUGAGUGGAACACGGCAUCCCCGUCAUCUGAGCCUCCGGUGACCCGCGUCUCAGAGAAGGACAACUCCUGGCUGUACACCCUGGACCCCAUCCUGGUCACCAUCAUCGUCAUGAGCUCCCUGGGCGUCCUGCUCGGGGCGGUGUGCGCCGGCCUCCUCCUCUACUGCACCUGCUCCUACAGCGGCCUGUCGUCCCGCUCCUCCACCACCCUGGAGAACUACAACUUUGAACUGUACGACGGCCUCAAGCACAAGGUCAAGCUGAACCAACAGCGCUGCUGCACCGAGGCGUGAGGGAGGGGGUGUUAUCAGGAGAGGAAAACACGAGAGGGGGAAACGGGAGCCCGUUUUGUGAAAACCUCUCGCUAUUUUCUUCAUUCCCUCCAGUUCGCUUUCAGUUCACUUCCUCGUUGGUGCAGAUCCCUGGACACACGGACAACGAGAAAACCACUUUUUUUUCUCCCCUUUUUUUUUCUUUUUUUUUUUAAAAGCUCAAAUGAAAACUUGUUUCCGACUCGGAAAACGCGGCACAGUCCGGCGUCGCUAGUUUUUGUGCUGAAAGAACCAAUGACAGAAAGACUGGGGUGACCCAGAUGGAUAGUUCCAUUGCGGUGGAAGUUUAGGCCUCAAAAAAAAAAUAUCUACACAUAUCAAUUACAGAUUCCUGCUCCACCGAAAGAGAACUGUUUAUAAAUGCAUCGUAGACUUGAAGCUGGAUUCUGUAAGCUACGCAUACUGCGUCAGAACACACUGUGUUGGAAAGGUGGUAGGUUAGGAACGUGCUUAGAAAGCGUCUGUUUUGAUCACAUGUGAACACAGUGGCCUAGAAUUUAGCUCCUUUGUGUCGCCCGUUUUUUUUUCUUCUUCUCUCUCUUCCGUCGUAGACUCUGCUACCGAUCAGCCUCAGUUAUCCUCCUAGUUCCUGACAGUCUGUGCGGUAUUUUUAGUCACGGACGUCCAUCGAGUUUGUUCGGUCACUCUCUUUCUGUUUAAUGUUUCCCCCCCCGUCUGGCCUAUCUGGCCAGCCUGUGGUGGCAGAUAAGUAGAGAAAAAAAAAAAAAAGA